AUGGCAUCCAGUUCAAUGUCAGCCUCAGGCUCAUGGAGUUGCAAGGACAACAAGGCCUUUGAGAAGGCUCUAGCUGACCGUUGGUACAAUGUUGCUCAUGCUGUUGGUGGCAAAACUCUAGAGGAAGUGAAGAGACAAUAUGAACUCCUUGUCCAGGAUGUUAAACAUAUUGAAUCAGGACGAACAAGAAAACUUCAGCCUCUGAUCAGCAGGAGAAUAGGAAAAGCAAAAUCAAAGGAUGGAAUAUAAACCACGUAAAAAGUGGACCCGACCAACAACCAUAAUAAAGACCUUUGGAGUCACCAAAACAUUAACAACACGCACGCACACACAUCGCGAGUAAGCCUUCAACCCUAGUCGCGUACGU